AUGCCACUCACGCCCCAGGAGUACCUGGAGUGGUGGCUGACCAGCAGCCUUGAUCCCCUCAAGGAACUCACAGACAAGGAAACGCUAGAGUGCACUCCCCAGCAAGUAGGCUUUGAGCAAACUAUUCAGCGAAGACUGCGUGCUUUUGACAAUGAUGUCGAUCUUCGAGAGGCUCUACGGCUGCACGUGAAGCGGCUUUCGUUUCGCAAAGUUUCUGAUCUCUCGGUCAACCCGAGAAACAAACUGAGAGAGCUCACGCUGACCGUCUUCAAGAAGCCUGAAGAUGGUGGUCUAGACCCAAAGGGAGUCAUGCAAGCACUUUCCGAGCUCAACAUUGUAGAGCUUCGACGACGUCGACUUGUUGCUGAGACGCCCUUAACUUUCAAACCAAAUCACCCUGCCUUUGGAUCAGCCGCGAUGAUUCAAGAGCUGAACAAGAAGGCCACGGAAAAGUUUGGUCAAUUUCACAUGGGAUUCAGAGCAUCCAUGGUUCUCGAAGAGUUGAAACAGCAGAGAGCCACUAGAAAGCCUUCUGUGGAAAUAAUGGCGGUUGUGAACGCCCUCUUUCCAGCUCACGAUCUUUUGAAAAAUUCAGAAGACGUUAGCCUUGUUCCGUACACGGAAGCCUUCCUCUUUUGUGUUCGAUUUACGAUUCUCUGUCAUCUUCUUGGGGAGAACCCAUCAAGCGAGAAACAGCAAGCCUUGAUACAAGAGAAGCUGUUUAUCUGGUGCAGCCUGCCAAAAUACCAGCAGGCGUACAAGGCAUUCACUCAGUACAUUGAGGAGUUCAAAACGAUUGAGACGCUUUGUUUCAAUGUACUACAGCUGGCACAAAAUCGGUCUGCUCGCCGAAGAUCGGGAUCUAGCAGGUCGUCGUUUACUCCAAAUUCUUUGGUCAUGGUCAAAUCCAUCCUUAAGGGAUCUCCUCAAAGUCCUCGCGAGGUAGAAGAUCCAGCUGAAUCCAGGAGAUCUGUCUCUCCAGAAUUCGUGGCAUCGGCUCCUCCCGUUCCCAAUCCAUUACUCAAGGGACUUCCAGGUCGAGAAGUGUCCCCUUCCAAAACUGACGGAGCAGCUUUUGCUUUUGAUGACCUAUCUGCGCCAAAGUUGCGAGUUGAACACACUUCCACCUUCAGAAAAACCUAUGAGGCUGACGGUGAAACUGUUGUCAAGGGAGAAAAGGUUGGCGUAAAGUUCCUUGAUCCUGGAAAGAAGCUGAAGAGGAAGAAGAAGAAGACACCUCUGUCAGCAAAGAAGACGGCGAAAAAGGUUUUAAGAAAGGCUGCCAAAAAGGACGAUAUUCCACCUGUACCUCCUACGCCUGAUAUCCCGGAGUCGAUGAAGUCGACAAUUACAAGGAGUGGCCUCAAACUCCUUCAGCGGAUGCGCUCGCAGCCAGAAAUUCAAUCUCGGGGAUCAAAUGGCUCAAAAUUUCCACAGAUUGCAGCAGUUUUUGCUAACAACAAAGCCAAGUCAACUACUAAAUUGGUUAAGCAGCCUGCUCGUUCCGCAUCCUCCCAAGAUCAAGCCCGUGAUAUCUUCUAUCAUCGGACUUCAUCCUUGCCCGAAACAAACAUUCGAAGCAGCCAGUACAGCUUAUCCAGCCAGCCUAAUCUUCGUACUCAAUCAAUAGAAAUUACAGCCACCUUGGGGAAACCAGAAAGUGUUACUACACAGGGAGAGAGCUCGUCUCCGUUGCCCAAGCCAGACGUGAAAUAUGGCAUUUGCGAGCCACGGCUUUCAACUAUGGAAUACACAAGACUCUAUCUUGUAGAAGAAGCCAAUGCCAAGAAAGAGAAGCGCCUUUGCGAGCUGCCUCCUCCUAAGAAGGUCUGGCUUUGGGGUCCGCGCUGGGAAGAGUUCCUCGUAUUGCCAAAGAUUCCAUCCACUAUUAGGCGUCGAUUUUCUCUCGAUUUAGACGACGAAAAGAAAAAGUCUAUGGCUUUUGAACCUCUUGAAAGAGAUUAUGACUCAGACGCUGACUCUGUUGAGACGGUCAAGGGAACGGGAUCAGUGUCUGCCAAACCUCCCCGACUGUCGUUGAAUCUUGAAACCAUGGCAGCAACGCUUUCUUCUUUGAUGAAUUUGGCGUCUCUGGGAUUAGAUAAAGCAGCAGAAGCUCCAAGUAAAGCUCAGUCUGCUGAAGUGGCCGAAGCCGUCAAUCAAGAAAGCCCGAUCCUAGGCUCCUUGGCAUUGGCUGAUGUGAAACAAAACUGCGUCUUGCCAGCAAGCAAGGAUGACGUGACCCUGCCGCCGCCGCUAAGUGUUUCCUCUACGUCUACCAACGAAGACGACGACGACUUAUACUCAGAUGACCGUCAUCUAUGGCCUUCACCAAUGAGCCAGCGAAGCAUCCGGCUUGUUUCAUCUUCACCAGUAGCUGGAGAGGCCACAGAAAUUGUUCGCGAUGAUAGCCAAAGCAUCGAGAAUACCACACCUCAGCUUAGCGAUGAUGCCUUCGAGACUUCAUCCAUCUAUUCGAAUGAUAGCGCCAAGACUGCUGUCUUUAUUGGUAGUGAUAGCAAGGGGACUGAUAGUACCCCUCGAACUCCAGUGACAGCUCGCCUCCGUGAGCCACUGGUAACGCCAGAAGAAGCAUCCCCAACACGGCCUGGGCUUCCUUUUAGCUACAGUUGUGCUUCGCUCAACUCUUUGUCGUCUGACCGUUCUCCACUGACUCAUUUUCCCAUUUCAGCGGAACAAAGGUCGAGAGCAACGACGGAAGAUAUGGUGCAGGGUAUUAUUACCCAAUCAGGGGGUCGGCUUCGUUAUGAAGAAACCCGCCAAGUCCAGGUGGUGGAAAGCAAACAUGACGCCAAGAUCAAGGCAUCGUCUGCCGAUAUUUGGCAUGCUGACGACUAUAUGGAACCAGACCUCCAGCCAGCCCCUCUGAAUUUGUCCAAGAAGCCGUCUGUUGCAGGACCGAGAAAAGCUGAAUCUGAAAUGCUUACGGGGUCCAUGUUAAGCAACAAUAUUCUUGACCCCAUUCAACCUUUCAUAUACACGCCUAAGUCCGGCAGAUUCGCAAAAUAUGCCACUGACGAUUAUUAUGAACAGCCGACGAAGCCCUACGAAUCAGGCUUUGUUCCUCUCCCCGGAUCUCUUCUUUAUGAAGCCGAUAAAAAUACAGAUAUCAUUAGGAUCCCGCGAAAUGUAUCGCACAGCUCCGAGUCCAAAAGCUCUAUUUCGGCUGUUAUAACCCCAUCUAAUCUUAGUCCUGCGAGAGAAUCCGUCCAGUCGAAAAGAACUACCUACGAGCCAAGAACUUCACGCUCAAUGAAUGAAAUGCAUGGCACACCUAGUGCUGCAUCAACAUAUGAGACUCUGAGCGAAUUAGACGAGUUCUUCGGGGUCGGGCCUUAUGAGAAGGCAUUCCUGGAAAAAUAUCCAGAGGCAGCUAAGCCGUUUGUUCUUCCCCCAAAAUUGGUAGAGUCUCCAGUGUCACCAGUCUUUACGGGUUCUACCUACGCCACACCAAUGCUUCGUCGACGAGACCUGAGCAUACAGCAGCAUCGGGCUCUUCCGUUGAAUACAGUCCAACGCGUGCUAGAGAGAAAACCAAGGACUUCUGAGAACGUUAGCAGCUUUGCGUUACACAGAGCUCAAGGCAAUAAAGCCACAAUCCUGCCAAGUCUCGAGGGAAGAAGCCGUGUGGACGCCACGAAUACCCAUGGGCAUGAAGUCGGCAUCGGCCAGGACCAAGAGUACGAGGAUAGCAUAUCGGGAGAAGUUCCGCCGCAGCAUACUUUGCUUGAUGACGGCCGUCGCUUUUCCCUCCAGCGGUAUGACAUCAGUACUCGCCGCCCGUCAUCCCAGACUCGACCCAGCACCUUCCUUGAACCCCCUUCGCCAGUUUCGCCCUGUGAGAAUGUUGUUGCUGCUGCUGAGGGCAGAAAGAUUACUAAUGUCCCGGCCUCAACGCUUGGAAACCUCUUCCGAAGGCGCAAUCGGAACCGUAAUGUAAGACAACCGCAAGCCCUGCAGACUCAACAAGUCCCUGCCCCUAUAGCCACACCAGCCAGCUCGCUAUCUUCCCCUACACCGGCUCGCACGGCCAAGGCAGCAGCAUCAACCAUGACUAGAAAGAACCGCCCAUCCUGGAAGGAUUGA